AUGUCAAGAUUAGACAGGGAAUUGGUGGAGCACAAGUUGCCAAUCAAAGAGGGAUACCUUCCAGUCAAACAUGCCAGAAGAAGAAUGUCCAUGGACACAGAACUGAAGGUCAAAGAAGAAAUAGAAAGGUUGCUCAAGGCAGGAUUCAUCAGACCAGCCAUCUAUGCUGAUUGGCUAGCUAAUAUUGUACCUGUUAUGAAAAGAAAAACCGGGGUAGUCAGAAUCUGUGUGGAUUACAGAAAUCUGAAUGAAGCUUCUCCCAAGGAUGAGUACCCUAUGCCAAUGGCAGACUUGCUAGUAGAUGGAGCCGCUCACAACCAGAUGUUAUCUUUUAUGGAUGGCAAUGCAGGUUACAAUCAGAUCAUGGUGGCAGAAGAAGACAUCCACAAGACAGCCUUCAUGUGUCCAGGACACAUAGGUACUUUUGAGUACACUGUAAUGCUUUUUGGUUUCAGAUAUGCAGGAGCUACUUAUCAAAGGGCAAUGAAUUCUAUGUUCCAUGAUAUGAUAGGGCAUUCUUUGGAAGUGUAUAUCGAUGAUGUGGUGAUUAAAUCCACAGAAGAGGGAAACCACAUACCAAAUCUAAGGAGGGCAUUCCUAAGAAUGAGGCAGCAUAAACUAAAGAUGAACCCAAAGAAAUGUGUUUUUGGAGUUCAAACAGGAAAUUUCCUAGGAUUCUUGGUUCACCAGAGGGGCAUAGAAAUCGACAAGAACAAAGCAAAGUCCAUCAUAGAAGCUCUACCGCCUAGGAACAAGAAAGAGUUGCAGAGUCUCUUAGGAAAAAUUAAUUUUCUAAGGAAAUUCAUAUCCAACUCUGCAGGGAAGAUCCAGCCUUUCUCCUCUUUGUUAAAAUUGAAACAAGAACAGACCUUCAAGUGGGAAGAACAGCACCAACAAGCUUUUGAGGAAAUCAAGCAUUACCUCUUAAAUCCACCAGUUCUGUCCCCACCGAAGAGAGGCAGACCACUCAAGCUCUAUGUAUCUGCAUCAGAGGUAUCCAUUGGGAGUCUGUUAGUUCAAGACAACAAGGAAGGAAAGGAACAGACACUACAUGCUGCCAUAUACCAUCUACAUCAUUGCCAAGACAAAUCUAAUCAAGUACAUGCUAACAAGACCAAUGUGAGAGGCAGGAUUGGAAAAUGGACUCUGGCCUUGACAGAAUUUGCCUUCAGAUAUGUUCCCCAGAAAGCUGUCAAGAGACAAGCAGUGGCAGACUUCCUAGAAGACCAUCCAGGAGAAGAAAUUGAAAAUAUGGACUCUUUGGAUAUAGCAAGUGCAGAUCUAUUGACAAGAGCUCAUACCUGCCUAAGCAAUCCUAUCUAUUCAGUUCAUCUCACACCUUGGAAGCUAUACUUUGAUGGGUCAAAGACUGACAUAGCUUCUGGGGCAGGAAUUGUUUUGGAAGAACCGCUUGGAAUCAGAUACUGCUACUCUUUCCAAUUGGAUUUCCAGUGCACCAACAACAGAGCAGAAUAUGAGGCUCUAAUCAUAGGCCUAGAAAUGCUGGUAGAACUAGGAAUCCAAUAUGUGGAAAUUUUAGGAGAUUCCAUGCUUGUCUUGAAACAGAUUGCUGGGGAAUACAAGUGCCUAAGUCAUUCUCUAGCUGUCUACUUGGUGGUAGCUAGGAGUCUUCUGACAGAAUUCAGAGAAGCUACUUGGGAGCAUAUCCCAAGGGAAGAAAACUUUGCAGCCAUUGAAUUGGCUCAGGUAGCAACAGGCAUACAAAUGCCUGAAGAUUGUGUACAAAGGAUCAUCAAGAUAGGGAAGAAAAGCCUACCAUCUGUUUUGACCAGGGGAAUGGAAAUAGAUGUCAAUUCUGCCAUAAUCACUGAAGAAGAUUGGAGAAAUCCUAUCAUGACUUACUUACGAUAUCCAACCCUGCCCUCUGAGAAGAGAGUUAGAAUCAUGGCUUUGAACUACCUUAUGUGGAAUGAAGAUUUGGUCCGAAAGAGUAAGGAUGAGGUACUUUUAAGGUGCCUUGGAAAGAAAGAAUAUGUGAAAGUCAUGGGGGAAACUCAUGAAGGAAUCUGUGGAGCUCAUCAAGGUGGAAGGAAAAUGUGCUGGUUGAUCAGAAGGUAUGUCUACUUCUGGCCAAUCAUGAUGAAAGAUUGCAUUGACUAUUCUAAGGGAUGUGAGUCUUGUCAAAGGCAUGGCCCAAUCCAGCAGGCUCCUUCAGUUCCCAUGAAUCUAGUGGUAAAGCCAUGGCCUUUUAGAGGAUGGGCAAUGAAUCUCAUUAGCAAGAUCUAUCCAGCCAGUAGUCAGCAUCACUGUUUUAUCAUUGUUGCUACAGACUACUUCACUAAAUGGGUAGAAGCCAAGCCUGUUAAAUCUACUACAUCUCAAGAGAUCAUCACUUUCAUAGAAGAGCAUAUUAUACAGAGAUUUGGCAUCCCAGAAUCAAUCACAACUGACAGGGGAUCCUCUUUCAUAUCAGGAGGAAUGCUGGAUAUGGCAGAGGCAUUCAAAUUCAGACUGCUUUAA